CUCGGGCUCUUUGGUUAGCCAGUUAGGCUCCGUUAGUGUUGCCAGUGCGUUCGUGUUGCUCGAGUAAAAAUAUGUACGAUAAUCAUUUAAAUAUUUCGCUAAUAUGACUUUACACUGGUUCCAGAUAACUUUGCUAAUAUUAUUUUAUCCGCUUAGUAAUAGUAAAGCUACAGAUAAUAUAACAACAAUAUCUCCACUGGAUGUGUCACCAUACGCGCCAUGUUCUCCUCUCCGACCUGGUGACGUUGACUUUCAGACGGUAGAUUUAAUAGCGGUGUAUAGAUUAGACCAGCCUGAUACCACCGGAGUCACGCUAGUACAAGGCUCACAGGAUCUACAGAGAGCAUACAGGAUUGGAGAUGGGGCUAAUCUUACGUUACCCUUGAAAGAAGUAUUCCCGAAUGGAUGGCCGGAACACUUCAGUGUGGUUGCAACGUUCAACGCACAAGGUCUCCAAAGACCAUGGAGUUUAAUGAGAGCACGAGCCCGCAACCUAUUAUUCUCAUUGACUUUGUUACCGAAUUUGAAAAAGUUAAGCGUUUACGUGCAGACUUCUAGAGUCGUGUUUGAUUGUCCUGAGCUCUUCACAUCUGGAUGGCAUAAAAUACAUGCAGCGGUUACAGAUGACGCCGUUCAUGUUGCCAUUGAUUGUAAAGAAUUGUUACCUGAAAAGAUAAAGAAACACGACUUCCGUAAUGCUACAUCAGUUUCAAUUGUGACCAAUGAUGAUGGCACUCCAGCACCCAUAGAUCUUCAAUGGUUGUCAUUAAGUUGUAACCGUUACAAUCUAACAGAAGAUAGUUGUGAGGAAAUUGAAUUAUCUGAACCAUUGACAGUAACUGUUCCUUCACCUCUAAUAUCACCCGAUUCGUCGCCCAACUUGCAACCUUUAUUACCGGUCUCUUGCAAUGAAACAUGUCCUCCAGGUCCUGAAGGUCAGAAAGGCGAGAAGGGGGAACAAGGUCCUAGAGGUUAUACAGGCCUACCGGGUGUACGAGGAAUAGAAGGACCACCUGGUCGUAAUGGAUUAACUGGUCCUAAAGGUGACAGAGGUGAACCAGGCCCUCCUGGAAAAACAGUCAAUGAAACCAUUGGUCCUGGACCUCCGGGCGAAACGGGGAAACCAGGAGCUAAAGGCGACAAGGGUGAUACAGGACAAAAAGGUGACCCAGGAGAGGCUGGUCUUGUUGGAUUAGCGGGGUUUCCCGGUACUGACGGUAGAGAUGGUUACCCCGGACCGCCGGGCCCCGUAGGACCCCCCGGUGCACCGGGUAUACAAGGCCCGCCCGGACCCCCUGCUAAUAUUAAUGCUUCAUUAAUACACGGCGCAAAAGGUGAAAGGGGUUAUCCUGGUCGACCGGGUCGUGAUGGCGACCCAGGUGCCAGGGGAUCUCCAGGAGUGGACGGAGUCCCGGGUCUACCAGGCCCACAAGGCCCGCCGGGUGCACCAGGUCUACCUGGGGAACGAGGUCUGCCAGGACUGCAAGGUGGUACUGGUGAGAAAGGAUCUGAAGGUCCGCCGGGUCCCGAAGGUUCACAAGGUCCGCCGGGUCCUCCUGGAGCUGCUGCGACGGCAGCGGAGCAAAUCGCCAUACCAGGUCCCCCCGGUCCACAAGGAGAAAGAGGACUGAAAGGUGAUCAAGGAUUUCCCGGUCUACCUGGCAGAGAUGGUCUAGACGGAAUUCCAGGAAGUCCAGGACAGAGAGGCCCGCCCGGAUUACCUGGAUCUAGUAACAUUGUUGCUCAGCCAGACUUGCUUACGGAAGCCGAAGUUAGAAAUAUAUGUGAAGACUUAAUUAGAGUUCGCAUAGCAGAGUUGAUGGAAAAGAUGACUACUCAAUCUGCACCAACUAUAAUUUCUAGAAGAGGCCCGCCAGGUAGAGCUGGCGUACCUGGCUUACCAGGAUUAACUGGAGAACCGGGAACACAAGGGCCCCGGGGUUAUCCAGGGGAAACUGGUGAACCCGGACGACCCGGCAGUCCCGGACCUAGUGGCGAAAAAGGAGAUAAAGGGGAGAGAGGCCAGGAAGGUGUGGGAGUGCCAGGGCCAGAGGGACCUAGGGGUGUUCAAGGUCCUAUAGGACCUCCUGGUGCUGACGGAAGAAUAGGAGUACGCGGUGAUCCUGGACACCCAGGUCCAAUAGGUCCUCGUGGUAUACCAGGACCUAGAGGGAAUUGUGACUGUCCAGUAGCGGCAUACUACGCUUACUCACCCAUUGGAAACUUUAAAGGGCCAUAGAUGACACUUCUAGUCUUCUAAUAUUUUCUUGAUUAUCGAUGGUGUUAUGAAUGAAUUAGUCAAAAACUGUUUGAUUUA